AUGGGUCUCUACUCCAAGCUGCCCGAUAAUGUUAACGAGGUGGAUGUUAUCAUCGCAGGGGGUGGUACGGCUGGAUGUGUCGUCGCCGGACGACUUGCCCAAGCUGGCGUAUCAGUGUUGGUGAUUGAGGGCGGCCCCAACAACUACAAUGACCCGAGCAUCAUUCAUCCGCUCAUGUUCAUUACCCACUAUCUUCCCAAGAACAAAAUGACCAAGUUCUACCUUGGUGAAAAGGAAGAGCAACUGGGCAACCGUCAACUCUUCGAACCUGUCGGUAGUGUUUUGGGCGGCGGCUCAUCUAUCAACAUGAUGGUCUACAGCCGCGCUCAAAGGUCCGACUAUGACGAGUGGAACAUGCCUGGAUGGUCAGCCGAGGAAAUGCUGCCAUACUUGAAUAAGCUGGAGUCCUACUUCGGCCCGGGCGACAAAGCCAAACACGGUCAUGAUGGCCCCAUGCAGGUGACUUCGGGGCCGUUCAAUGUCCCAAGAUGCGAAGAUGACUUCAUUUCUGCUGCCCAAAAAGUUGGGUACAGUGAGCUCCAGACUCUGUACGACCUUGACGUUACAAAUGGUGUGCAACGAGCAAUGCGCUUCAUCGGUCCAGAUGGCAAGCGUCAAGACACGGCUCAUCGAUACAUCCAUCCUCUACUACAAGAUGGAAAACAUGACAACCUACAUGUAGUUGUGGAGUCUGAGGUUGUGCGCGUUAUAUUUAAUGACAACAAAAGGGCGAUCGGUGUGGAGUAUCAGGCCCGAGGAUCCGAUGGACCUGUGCGCACUGUCAAAGCCAAGAAACAGGUGAUUGUGUCAUGUGGUGUCUUUGGAACUCCACAAGUUCUGGAAAGAUCUGGAGUCGGUCGCGCUGAAAUUUUGCGCAAUGCUGGUAUUGACAACAUCGUCGCUGAAAAUGUCGGUGUGGGCGAGAACUUCAAUGACCACAACAUGAUCUUGUACCCAUACAAGUCAAGCUUGACCCCCGAAGAGACUGUCGACAGUGUACAGGCAGGACGAGUCACCCUCGAGCACCUCCUUGAAACCAAGGACAAGGUUAUGGGAUGGAAUGCUCAAGACAUUCAUGGCAAGAUUAGACCCAGCGAUGCAGAUAUUGCAAGUCUUAGCCCGGCAUUCCAGAAGGCCUGGGACCGAGACUUCAAGAACGUCCCAAGCAAGCCUGUGAGCGUUAUGGCAACGAUUGGUGGAUUCCCGGGAGAUCCUGCGACCUUGGCUCCUCUACAAUACCUUGGUAUAUCGACCUUCAUCCUUCACCCUUACUCGCGAGGACAUAUCCACAUUGCUGGACCAAAGCCGGGCGACGCGAUAGAUUUCAAGGCUAAUAUUUUCACCGACCCUGAGGACUUAGAUCUCGAAAUGAUGAAAUGGACAUACAAGAAGCAUCGGGAGAUCGUGCGUCGAAUGUCCCUCUUUCGGGGUGAGCUACCCGCAGGCCAUCCGCCUUUCUCCCCUGGAUCCAAGGCAGCGCUUUUUGGCAUCGAUAAGCCUGAAGGACUCGAAGGGCCUCUGCCUGCCGACAUUACCGACAUUGAGUAUUCGGCCGAGGAUGAUGCUGUGCUUGAAGCGUGGCUGAAAGAAAUGGUCGGUCUUAGCUGGCAUCCGCUUGGUACUUGCAAAAUGGCGCCACGUGAGAAAGAGGGCGCUGUGGAUGCGAGCCUCAGCGUAUAUGGUGUUGACAGACUCAAGGUCGUUGAUCUGAGCAUCGUCCCUGGUAGUGUGUCUGGUAACCCAAUGAAUACUGCUUGCGCGAUUGGAGAAAAGGCAGCGGACAUCAUCUUGAGCGAGCUUGGUAACAAAUAG